AUGUGGUUCCCUAGCCUGAAUUUCGUCAAGUUGCAUUACAUCUACAUUAUUGGCAUGGGUCUAUCAAGCUUCAUCAUCAUCUACCCCAAGGGCAAACUCAGCGCGAUCGAUGCUUAUUUCUUUGGCGUUAGCGCCUCGACCGUUACCGGCUUAACUACAGUCGAUGUUCCUGUACUAAGGACAUACCAGCAACUGUUCCUUUACUUCGUUCCCCUUGUCUGCAAUACUGUGUCGAUCAACAUCAUAGUCGUUGUCGUGCGCCUAAUCUGGUUCCGGAGAUAUCUUAAGAAGGCUGCUCCUGCCCUGGUGAAACAACGCAGACCUGCGGAUCCGGAUCCCAAAGAGGACCCUGAGAAUGGCACCAAACCUCCCUCUCCAGAGACCCCGGAGCACCGGCCGAGUCUUGCAAGAGCUGUGACAGACCAAGCUUGUAAGAAUCUCGCAGAAGAGGAUGGACUCCCUCGUAUUGGAGCCCGCAGCCGAACAGAGCCGGGGCCUGAUCAUCCGCCUCAACGUCCCGUAGAGAAGAUUGAAUCCCCAAUUCGAGAAGACACGGUGAAAGAGAGAGAUGGAGACCAUCCCGAAACAAGAAUUACUUUUGAUCCUUCUACCGAUCGUCAUCCUAGGCGAGAACAAGAGGCGACUUUGUACAUUCCCGGGCCUCGUGCUCGUGAUCAAGGCCUUCCCUUCGUUGAGUUGAACAGCGGCCGUCGCUUCAGCAGAGAUACUCGAGAUGAGGAUAUCAUUGAACCUAUUUCACGCACUCAGUCUACACCCAUCGGUAUCCUCCGCCGCCGCCGAAGCGCUGGCCUUAGUCUGGCCCAAGUCCGUUCUGUAGAGCGCGUCGCUACUGUUGCCACAUCGUUGUUCGUUAUUGGCAACACAGCUCAAGGACCGAAAGAGCGUCCGCUGACCAGAGCGCCAACACUUGCUGUAGGUGACUUCCCACAGUUAUCGCGUGAGGUCACAAUUGGGCGCAACUCUAUCUUUCACAAUCUGUCAUCGAAGGAUCGGGAGGAGCUAGGUGGUAUCGAAUACAAGAGCUUGAAACUGCUGCUCAAGAUCAUCAUUGGGUACUACCUGUGUCUACACUCCCUUGGUGCUAUCUCCUUGAUAGUAUGGAUUCAUAAUGCUCCUGAAAAGUAUGUCAAGUACAUUGGUGAAUGCGGGCAAGAUACAAGCUGGUGGGCCAUUUACUCUGCUCAAACUAUGGUCACCAACCUGGGUUUCACAUUGACGCCCGACUCGAUGAUUUCGUUCAACGAUGCCCCAGCUCCGCUGCUUAUAAUGAGCGCGCUCGCCCUCGCCGGUCAUACCUUUUAUCCUGUCAUUCUUCGCCUUAUCAUCUGGACCACUUCGAAGGUCAUCCCGAAACGAUCCUCACUUCAAGAGCCCCUCUCCUUUCUCCUCAAUCACCCGCGUCGUUGUUACACUCUACUUUUCCCUAGUGGUCCUACCUGGGCACUCUUUGGUAUUCUAGCCCUCCUCAACAUCGCCGAUAUCCUCUUCGUCAUUCUCCUUGAUUUGGACAACCCAACCGUCACCGUUCUUCCAGGCUGGCAGAGGUUCUGUGCUGCUGUCUUCCAGGCAGUCAGCUCCCGACACACCGGUACAGCAAGUUUCAAUUUGGCCAACGUCAACCCAGCAGUACAGAUGGCUUUGUUGGUCAUGAUGUACGUCUCCGUAUAUCCCAUCUCCAUCGUGGUUCGAUCUUCCAAUACCUAUGAGGAGCGCUCGUUGGGGAUUUACGAGAAAAGCUUGCAGUACAACGAAGACGAUGGUGGCUCAUAUUUUGUAACCCAUCUACGGAACCAGCUCAGUUUUGAUCUGUGGUACAUUUGCCUUGGACUGUUUUGCAUCUCUAUAGCUGAGCAUAAGAAGGUCAUGGAUGGGAACGAUCCAGCAUUUACAAUGUGGUCCAUUUUCUUUGAGGGCGUUUCGGCAUACUGUAACGUUGGGUUGAGUUUGGGAUAUCCUUCCAUCAACUCAUCUUUUUGUACCGAAUUCACAACAUUCAGUAAGCUUGUCAUCUGCGCCAUGAUGGUCCGUGGACGUCACCGCGGGCUUCCCUACGCCUUGGAUCGCGCCAUUGUCCUACCGACCGAGAAAUCUUUGGGUGCAGAGACUAUCACUCAGUCCAAUGAGUCUCAUGAGCACCGUGAGUAG